AUGCUCAACAGGUUCAAGCCUUUGCUCGCCUUCCAGAUACAGGUUCGAAUAUUAUCAGUGGCACCAAGGAUGUGUUUUAUUCCUGAAUUUUUAAGAACUGUAGCAAAUAAAAUUGGUCGUUUUUUGUGCUUGGACUUAGCCACAGCCACUCUUGCUAGGCCUAGUGCCGCCUGUGUUUGUGUUGAAAUUGAACUCCGUAAACCCCCGCCUCAAUCUAUAUGGAUUGGUCUUUAUGAAGGUUGUGAUCAACAGAUUUUAUAUGAAAAACUCCCAAAAUUUUGCAAUAGCUGUCACUCUCAGGGUCAUCUAUCUGUGUCUUGUCACAAAAGUAUCCCUGUUAUUCCUCAACCCUUAGCUUCUGUCCAUGUUCCUCAUCCUCCCAAGCGUCCUCAUCAUUUUCGGCAGAAUGUUAGUGGGUCUAGGCAGCAUGUCAGUGGGCAGAACCCGCCUCUUUCAGCCUCUCUUCCUUUUCCCCCAAAUAUCCUCGUUAAACCCCCAUCCGCUUCUAUUCCAGCGAAAUCAUCUUUAGGGCCAUCGUCGUCGGCUACCCCCUCCAUCCCACUACUUUUCCCUGUUGAUACGAUCCAUGCCCCCCAAAACCAGCAGCAUCAGUUUAUUCCUGAGCCGCAUCAACCUCUUUUAGUUCCAUCCCCGGAUGGUAUUCAAGCUAAUGAAAAUUCCCAACCAUCCAUCUGUCAUAACCAACCCCUUUCUCCUUCGAAAGCUCUUCUUAAGAAUCAAAAGAGAAAAUCAGUGAGUUUUAAAAAUCAACAAACUAAUGUCAGUGCUAAUCAAGAAUUCUUUGAGUCUGUUUCUCAUAAAAUAAAUUCCAUUGAUCAAUCCUGCAUUACCCCAAAAGAGGUUGUCAUCCAAACCUCUCUUACCUCUGGACCUGUCCCGAAUACCCCUGUUAUUUCAUCGACAGUGGCGAGUAAGGCCAUGUCCUCUUCCACUAGUGCGAUUGUGAUAGCCCUCCCCCAAUCUUCUGAUAUCCAUAUCUCUUCCCCUGUGGAAUUGGACUCAGGAUCCUCUAUAGCGAUGGACUCUCAACCAAACUCUCCUUUGGAUCAAGAAGGAAACAAUAUGUUUUCUGCCCAAACUGUCUCCGAGGGUGAAGAACAAAAUGUUGAGCCCUCCCACUCUCUAGGUCAUAACACUAAUGACCUCCUCCAAAAUCACCGAAAGUCUUCUAAAAAAACAAAAGACACCCCAACGCCCCUCUGAAAGUCCAGCUCAGGGCCAGAAACCUUGUCACGGAUCAUUAAUGAAUAAUCACAAAAUCGUUUGUUGGAAUGCCAGAGGGAUAGCAAACCCUGGCACUUUUGGUUUCUGUAGGCAAUUAAUUGCCAAACACAAACCUUUUUUAUUCAUCAUUAUUGAACCCAUUGUUUCAACCACGUUCAUUAGGAAAUUCCACUUCUUUUGCGAAUCGUCAAACUGGUUAUCCAAUGAAGACCUUGGGGGUAAAAUUUGGAUUCUGUGGUGUCCGAGUAUUCUUGUCCAGUCUAUCCGCGUAGACACUCAAUGCAUCUUCAUUUCAGUGUCUCUGCCUUCCUUCUCUUUCUUUUUCUCGGCGAUUUAUGGUAAACAUACUGUUCAACGCCGUCGUCAAUUGUGGGACCACCUUCGUUCCAUUAACUCUAUCAAUGUCGGUCCUUGGUUGUGGGGAGGGGAUUUCAAUACCAUUUCUUCCAUUGAGGAUCGUAUUGGAGGUGCCCCUCCUCAACCCCUAGCUAUGGAAGAAUUCAAUGCUUGUAUCAAUGACUGCCACAUGGCCCCUG